UGGCGUACUAGAAGGGUUGUAAAAAGUGAUGAUUGCGACUUAAAGGCAAGAACCUGGGGCUGGGUACACAAUGAUGCCAGGUGGAUACUACACGUCUAUAAUGAUAUAUAAUUAUGUAUUAUGAUAAUACAUCUAUCUCAACCGAAGAUAACUAAUAGUAUCUAGCUAAAGGUACGGUCUUGCCCCAACAGUGUGUGGGCCUCUAACAUCAUUAUUUAUUGGCACAUGUGUACGUAAAUUGUAUGUCAAGGGUUGCUGCAUGUGACUGACCUUUACAGCCCUGAGUCAAUUUGUGUUUCCCAUGCGAAGUUUAGUAGUGAGCUUUUCAUGGCGGGGCUGCUGAUGCUGUUGUUUUCAAUGUCAGAAAACUAUUAAACUUGAAAAAAAAAGUGUGUACACGUGUCCUCCCCUUGAUGUGUUGUGUCUUUUUGUCUGAAUGAAUAUACCGGGAACGAUUUCUUGGAGAGAAGUCACUUUGCUAUUUCCAAAGCAUCCUUACUGUACUGCUCAAAACAAUGGAAUGGUCAGCUGUAUAGUCAAUCACUGUUUCCAGCCAAUAAACGUUGGAACACUCACAGCAAUCUGAUUUGCUGUAGAUACCAAGCUCCUGCUACAGUCUGGAGCACACACUAUGGAGAAUACAGAAGCAGGAUGGCUGUCACUGACCACUUAUCUGGUUGUUGGUGUUGGAACACUCACAGUAAUCUGGCUUUGGCGCUCUUGUCAAGAGCUGAUGACUUUUAAACGGAUGGGUGUUCCUGGUCCGACGCCUAUUCCCGUUUUUGGAAACAUGUUGACCAUAUUCAGAAAGGGAAUUAUUCACAUCUUUCCACAUUGGAACAAACAGUAUGACAAAAUAUACGGUAUCUUCAUGCCCGCACCAGCUCUAGUAAUUAACGACCUUGAUCUGAUCAAAGAUAUUGCAAUCAAACAGUUCCAGUCGUUUCCCAACAGAAAGGUGCCAACACUCUUCAAGUUCAAGCCAUGGAAUGCCAAUUUGCUUUCUGUAAGAGAUGACCAGUGGAAGCAUGUGCGCGGAAUACUUUCUCCAACCUUCAGUUCAGGCAAACUCAAAAAGAUGGUACCUGCAAUAGAAAGAGUGGUAUCUAACCUCGUUAGCAAUGUAACAGAAAAGGCCAAGACUGGCAACAUGAUUGAACUGAAAGAAUUUUGUGGAUGUUACGCCAUGGAUGUCAUUGCUGGUGCAGCGUUUGGACUCCAGGUGGAUUCAGUGAAGAACCCUAAAGAUCCAUUUGUUUACCAUGCAUUCAAUGCUCUAUUUGGGAGACAAUGGCUGAUGCCAGUAUAUGUAAGUAUGCCAUUUCUGACAACACUGCUACACAAGAUUGGUUUCUCCUUCUCUCCAAAAGAGUCUACGGACUUUUUCUACAAUGUCACGGAGGGCGCUCUAAAGGAAAGACGCCAAGAGAAAAAGAAAUUCAGUGACUUUCUUCAGCUGCUUGUAGAAGCAGAGAAAGAACAAGAGACACAACAAGAGGUUGAUGCUGAGAUUGAUCACAGAUCACAGCUACACACUUCUUCCCAGUGGACUCGUAAAGGUCUGGUGCGAGAUGAAAUUCACAGCAAUGCCAUACUCUUCCUUAUUGCUGGUUAUGAUACAGUCUCUACGUCAAUGGCCUACACCUUGUUUUGCCUGGCAGCCAAUCCAGCAUGUCUUCGCAAGGCACAACAGGAAGUCGAUGAAAAGCUUGGGAAGAAACCUGCUGAUUACUCUACUGUAAAUGAGCUGGUGUACCUCGACAUGUGCAUCAAUGAAACAUUAAGAAUGUUUACUCCAGGAUUUGUCACAGACAGACACUGCAUUGAGGAUACUGAAGUAGGAGGUUACAAGGUGCCUAAAGGAAUGCAAGUUUUAUUUCCAUAUUAUGCCUUCCAUAUUGACCCCAAGAUCUGGCCUAACCCCUCCAAGUAUGAUCCAGAAAGACACACACCUGAGGCACGUGCAGCCCGGCAUCCAUGCAGCUUUUUGCCUUUUGGCAUUGGCCCCCGCAACUGUAUCGGCAUGAGACUGGCACAGCUGGAGCUCCGCAUGGCUCUGGCAGCUGUCUUACAAAGAGUCACUCCAGUGCUGUGUGAGAAGUCAGUGUAUCCUCCCAGCAAUUUUCACUAUGGUCGCAUCACUACCAAAGAUGGUCUCUGGGUAAAAUUCCAGCUUCGUGAGUGAGGCAAUGGGAUUAUCCUGUAUAGACACCAUCAUCAAAAGAGACAUUACAAGGGACCAGACCCAAGUAUAUAGACAAAAUAUAAAUAGCUGAUAUUUGUGUCAUUAAAGAGUAUUAAUGAGUACCUAGCUCUAAUAAGUAAUCACUUUGGUGUUCCUUUUGAUCGUUCAUUCUCUUUGAUGUCAGGGAAUUACUUUUUCAUGUAAUUGUGAGAUUGUCAAUGAAUCUUUCAGGCUCUUUUAGCCUGCUGCAUGAUUAUCUUAUUGUGUAUCACAGUUGUAUCAUCUUCCAUAUUGUCCAUGAUCAUACAUCAAUUAAACUCUCACUAUAGUCUGUGAUAUUGUUGUACUUCUACUUCUGUUCAUGCAGCACACAAAAGCUGCAUUCCACAUAAUCAGCCUUUUCUUAAACAUCAAAAUUAUAAUGACCAUUGCUGUCAAUAAAAUAAUACGAAAA